UCUCUUCCAGUCCGAGACUUCGACCCCGACCUCAGCAGGCGGGCUUUCAGCGAGGGAGACGCCCUCGGAGGAAGGCGGGUACAGGUGUCAGACGACAGACGUGAGCUCAGCGUCACCGGGGGACACACCGACGCCAAGUCCAGGAUUCAGCUGCACGGGGGGUCUGUCCGGUCCGUUCCGGACUGGAUGCGAACGGAGGGACUCCAACAUAACAAGCAGCUCGGUUGGAGGGAUUCCUGGCAGCGCCGGCCCGGGAAGGAGAAAGGAAUGGUGGGAAAGUGCUGGAAACAAGCUAUACACCAUCGCCACGGACAGAACGAUCAGCAAGCUGAUGAUGGAGUACAAACGCAGGAAACAUCAGCAGCAGCAGCCGCAGCAAAGCCACGUCAACCUGUUCAUGAAAGAGCAGGGCCGGGCGGCGGCGGGAGGAGGCGGCAUCGGGGAGAGGAGGGGCCCAGUAGAGCCGCAGAGGCCCCCGCAGAGGCCUCAGCAGCUGGUGGACCAGCAGGGGCCCUCUCUGAGGCACUCGGUUAGUGCGGGGCCGGAGGUGCUGAGGCAGGAGAAAAGGCCGCGGUCGGGGUCCACCAUCAGCUCCCACAGCAUCUCGCUGAGAGACUCUGAGGCUCAGAUACAGGCGUGGACCAACAUGGUCCUGACCCUCCUGAACCAGGUCCUCCUACUGUCUGACUCCUCGUUCCUGGCGCUCCAGCCGGCGCUCUACCCCUGCCUCAGCCAGCUCUCCUGCCACGUGACCGACGCCCGCGUUCGCCAGGCCCUGCGCGAAUGGCUGGGCCGGGUCGGCAGACUCUAUGACAUCAUUGUGUGAUGUCGCAGCGACGAAAUGUGAAAGCAGCGGCCGGAGGCUGCAAAGUGUCGGUCAGUGAGGGACAUGAACAGAUGAAAUCAGAAAUGCUGCAGUAGAUUUUAGGAGCUGGUGAAUGAUCGAUGGUCAGGCAGUCAUUAAGUGACGUCAGUAUGAAGGAUUUGUUUCCUGAUGCAGGAUACGGUACGAGGAAUAAAAAUGUAACAGGCUUCUCUAUAUUAUUUGAAA